AUGCAAGAGGACGCGGCACAACUCGAGACCGGAUGCACCAUAAUCGAGGGAAAGACGCUGGUUAUCAAGGAGUCGCAUGACGGUGAGCUGCGAGGGGACUAGGAAAAGCUAGGCCAUGGCCGACAGAUUUUGAGAGGACAAACUUUGAACGGAUUUUGUAGAGUUAUGAAAAAUCUAGUAGGUCUCAAAAUUGUCCUGCAAAAUCUUGACAUCUAGUGGAGCAUUUUUGUAGUUGAGCACUUUUUAAUACGAGCACUCCCUGAACUACUGUAGCUCUUCAAAGUUGGGCCUGAAUUUUAUGUUGUUCACAGAGCUCUGCAACUUCUAAGCGCUACAGUAGCCUUCCGGGUGAUUAUACAAAAAAAUUGUCAACAACAAAAAUACAGUAAUUGUCUAGCACAACAUUUUUGUAGUUGACACUUUUUUUCUAAAACCACUCCCAGGAUUACUGUAGCUCUGGGAAGUUUUGAGACCCCAGGUUUCCGUGAAAACUUCAAACAGCUACAGUGGCCUUAUGCGUGGACGUACAAAAAAGUGGUCAAGAGUAAAAAUACUCUACCAGACAUGAAGAAUCUGAUCAAAUCAUUUUCUGCAGCGGCCGCGUUGAAAGAACGUCUGCGGAGCAUCACGGAGAUCAAGCACGGCGUCGAGAUCGCCGACACCUCGUUCGACACUUUCGACCACCUCGAAUCGGUGGUCAGCAUCGAGAAUCCGGACGGUCCGGCGAUUGUUUUCCGCGGAAAUUCCAAACUGGCGCACAUAAAAAUGGGAAAUUUGAAGAAAUUGAAGGGAAAAGAGCACGACGUUUACUUUGAUAAGGACCACUUUCCGGUCGCCGCCUACGAGGACGCCACUUCGUACGUUUUGCUCACUUUUUUCGACAAAAAUGUGUUUUUUUCUAGAAUUUAUAACGUUUCAGAGCUUUUUUGACAUAUUAUUUCCCAAUUUUUGUUAUGCGCCUUUAAAAACGCCUGCAAAUUCAGAGCUACCGUACUUUAAAGACGCAUACCAGUUGCAAACUGGGUACCGUAGAAUAAAAUAGAGAAUUUUGAAAGAUUGUCCAUUUUUUUCUGCAGAAUGGCCGACCUGUUGUUUCUGGAAUUCGCGGCGCGACAAGGCCAAAACUACAAGAUGUGCGAGAGUGCAUUUCUGAGAGUGACGGGCGAGGAAGCGCACGGAUUCGACUGGAUCCUUCUGAUUCUCGGUCUGUUGAACGCGAUCGGCUUCAUCGGAGCCGGCGCCCAUUUGUUUUACCUCAUGAAGGGGCGGAAGAAGGAGGCGCAGGCGAAAAACGUGAAAAAGGCGGGACAGGAGGCGAAGAAGGUGGUGGUGGCGCCGGCGAGCAAGGAGCACGUGCCGCCGUCGAACUCUGCCGAGCCGGUGACCGGGUCCAACGAGCCGGCGACGGGCGGAUCCAACGAGAAGGAGAAUCCAAAGGAUAAAUGA